AUGUCCUCAUUACGCCCCGCCGCCACCUCUGCUGCGCGGCUGCUGCGCAACAGCACGGCCAGCUCCCGUGCUACUGCCGUCGCCGUUAUGCCCUGCCGUGCAGCCCACAACAUCCACGUCCCCGUCCAGAAGGAGCGUACGAAAGAGGACUCGCCUCUGGCGACCCUGCCGCGGAAUGCGCCCGAUUACAACGUUCCGAUUGAUAUCGCGACCUCUACCUUCACCCCGGUGCCCAAAAAUGUCCAGGACGGCAGCGAGGAGAACGUCGUUCCCGCCGGUCUGAUCUCCGGCGCGCCGAUGGAGCUCCAGGCGCGGACAGUCCGCAUCUACAAACCCGCCAAGCCGGCUACGCAAUCUGGCGAGAAGAACACCCAGCUCUGGCGCAUGGACUGGGACGUGCUGGGCAAGGGUCACCGGUGGGAGAACCCGCUUAUGGGCUGGCAGUCGUCGGCCGACUUCAUGCAGGGCACGCACCUGACCUUCAAGACGAAGGAGGACGCCAUCGCCUUCGCUGAGAAGCAGGGCUACGAGUACUUUGUUCAGGAGCCCAACGAGCGGCACUUCCGCCCCAAGGCGUACGCCAACAACUUCCUGUACUCACCCGGUAAGCUUAAGCAUAUCCGGACCAAGUAA